AUGGAGAAAUAUAGGAAGAAGAAACGGGACCUACACAUGGUUUUCAUUGAUCUUGAAGAGGCCUAUGACAGUGUGCCACGUAGACUGAUUUGGGAUAGUUUGGAGAGAUUUCUAGGAAGACUUCAGCAAGGGUCUGCUUUGAGCCCUUUUCUAUUUGCAGUUAUCCUAGAUGAGUUGACAAAGUUAAUUCAAGAGGCUCUCCCGUGGUGCCUGCUUUUAGCAGAUGAUAUUGUGUUAGUUGCUGAUAGUAAACAAAGCCUGAAUGUGAGGUUAGAAGAGUGGCGAGCAGCUUUAGAGGACAGAGGUUUAAGGAUUAGUCGAUCUAAGACUGAGUACUUGUAUUGUGACUUUAGUGGAGUAGACAACGAUGAGGACAUCCAGAUCACCAUUGAUGGUCAAGUGGUUCCGCAGGUGACUAAGUUCAAGUAUCUAGGAUCGUUUGUUCAGAGGGAGGGGGAGAUAGAUAGUGACGUUGCCCACCGCAUCCAGGUUGGAUGGUGUAGGUGGAGAGCUGCCACUGGAGUAUUGUGCGAUAGGAGGUUCCCAACAAAAUUGAAAGGAAAAUUUUAUAGGGUUGCAAUUAGACCUGCUAGUUAUACGGAACCAAAUGUUGGGCCAUUAAGGAAGUACAAGCACGCAAGAUGGAGGUGGCAAAGAUGA